ACGGCAACCAAAAAAAAAAAAAGCAAAGUGCCAAUGCAAAGAAAUAAUAAGGGCGAAAAGGAAAAAGAAAAAAAAGGAAGUCAGCUAAAUCAUAAAACCAAGUGAGAUAUAGGAUGCUUCCUGGACCUUGCUCCUCAUCGAUCAGCUUAAUCUUUCUCUCUCUAUAACUUUCUUUGUCUCUUCCAAUGCGUUUUACAAUUUGCCGCCUCUUCCUCCAUAUUCUGCUACACAUCAUCGUCAUCGUCAUCCCCCCCUCUCACCUACGCUAUAUUUAAAAUACCAGGCCCUUGAUUUUUUAUAUAUGCACUUCUAUCCUCUUCCCUGCCAUUUCUCUCCAAAACCAUUAAUCUUGAUUACUAUAAGAAGAGAGAAAGGGCAAAAAAAGUUGGGGGGAGGUUAACGGGUACCAUAAUUGCGUUGAAGAAAAAUCUCGUCAAUACCUGUUUCCCCCCGUGUUUGAUUGCAUGGUGGAUUCCGUAGAGUCUUGAUGAAUUGUAGUGAAAAAGGAUAUAUAUUCUUCUGGAAUGAUAUUGCAGAGUAGCUCAGAUAAGCAAUCCAUGUCCUAGAAAGAAAGCGACUCGGAGAAUAAUCCAUCAUCAUCCCUUCACGAGACUAGUUUUACUUUCUGGCAUCCUCAGUGAAUGAUUCCUUUCUCUCUGCUGCCACCUGUUCACUACCUGUAAUUAGUUUAAUUUGUGGGCAAGGCUAGGACUUUUCUUCGUUUCUAGGGGUCGUCUUCUUAGUUUUGUUCCGAGGUGCAAAAGUAGCCCACACGAUUCUAGUCCGGCAAAUAUAUAUUAAGAAUAUAUCUCAUCUCUUACUUUUUUUUACCCUUCUCUUUUCUCUUUUUGUGCUUUGGAGUUUUCUACAGCCAUGUCCAAUUCUGCUUCUUUGUCUGAAGAAGCCACUGUUUCUUCUGGUACUAGAGUCCAGAACUUCACUGCAUCGGAUCAUGUCGUUUCAACCAUUCAGCCUCAGCAGCCCCAAAAGAUAAAGAGAAAAAGAAGCCUCCCUGGAAAUCCUGACCCAGAUGCUGAGGUGAUUGCGUUAUCCCCAAAGACCCUUCUGGCUACCAAUAGAUACGUGUGUGAAAUCUGCAACAAGGGUUUUCAGCGAGAUCAGAAUCUCCAGCUACACAGGAGAGGGCAUAACCUUCCAUGGAAGCUCAAACAACGGAACAGCAAAGAAGUGAAAAAGAAAGUCUAUGUUUGCCCCGAGCCUUCGUGUGUUCAUAACAAUCCCUCGAGAGCUCUGGGUGAUCUCACGGGUAUCAAGAAACACUAUUGCAGAAAACAUGGGGAGAAGAAGUGGAAAUGCCACAGAUGCUCCAAAAUCUACGCUGUUCAGUCAGAUUGGAAAGCUCACUCCAAAACUUGUGGAACUAGAGAAUACAGAUGUGAUUGCGGAACCCUUUUCUCCAGGAAGGACAGCUUCAUAACUCAUAGGGCGUUUUGUGACGUAUUGGCCGAAGAAAGUGCAAGAUUCACAGCCAAUCAACUAACUUCCACAAACCCAGUGUUAUUUCAAUCUCUCUUCCCUUUCCAAAAUCAGAUCUUGGUGAAUUCCUGGGAUGCAUCUGGAGAAAACCCUAACCCUAGUAACAUUGAUACCAUCCAUAUCAAGACCGAAGCUCAGUGUUUUCAGGUCCCAACACCCUUUUCUUCACAAUUUCUUCAAGUGCAGCAGGAGAAUCAGAAGAACGUGAUAAACCCAUUCUCAGGAACUCUCCAUGUGCCCUCAAACGCCGCCACCUCGGCCCACCUGUCAGCCACUGCGCUCCUCCAAAAGGCUGCAAAUGUGGGUCCCACUUCUAUCGCAGUUCCAGGCGCUGCCGCUGCAGCUGAUGGCUGUGGGCCUCAGUCGACAAUGGGUCACGUGACUCAGCCAAGCAUGGGCGAGUAUGGACUUGCAACUCAGCAGAUCGACUCGGGGGGUCACGACUGCAUUGGAGGGCUCAUGACCUGGAAUCAGAGCGAACGUCUGACCAGAGACUUCCUCGGCCUGACCGCCGAUGUAAACGGCGGAAGCAAUGGUGACUCCGUUGACGUUGGCCUGAGCGCGAGGGACAUGCUGAUCUUCACGGGGGGAGUAGAGUGUGAGUAUCUUCCAUACGAUCACCAUCAGCACUCCUCACUCUUCAAGUGCCAACAAGAUUCUGGAUUCUUUGGGACUGUCACUGCCCCAGAGACAUGGGGAACUCUUGAGAACUCUUGAGACCAACAAGAAAAUACUUCCAAAACACGGAGGGUAAAAUGGCCAGCCGAGAUUCUGGGUUUUCUCUAAACUUGUCGGUCUUCGUUUGCUGGAUGUGCUGUUUACAUUUGGAUAUUAGUGAUUAUUUUUUGUUAAGGAAGUGUAAUGCAUUAUUAGUGAUGAUCAGGUUCCUCUUUAAUAUAUAUAUAUAUAUAUAUAUGCGCGCGCGCGCGAGCGUAUGUAUGUAUGUAUUGACGGAAAGAGAGAGAAAGGGAGCUGCGAAUAGAUGAUAUACUAUAUUAAAGAUUUAAUAAUCCAGCGUUGCGCAAUAUAUGUUGUAUAGAUCAUGGCAUGUAUAGAAUGAAUCUGUCACUUCAAUGGGAAGCAGGGGCAAAGGCAGCAGGAGACACUGUGUGCAUGUGUAGGGGUUGCAUGGAGAGAGGGUUAGUAGAUUGCGGGGCCUUUCAUUUCUUGUCAGUAUUGCUUUUAACAGAUGAAAUGUCACAUGCAAUAUUAUGAUGAUGGAUUCAUCCUUUGGUUGUCACCGCUGAUCU